AUGCCAAGACAUAUUUGCAUUAAGUCAAAGGAUCAACUUGAUGGUUGGAAUUAUAAUUGGAUUCCAAUUGCAACCGAUGAUUCUCCCUAUGCAAGAAUGCUCAAAGAGAUCGAGGAGAAAGAGAAAUUUGUGCAGCAAUAUUAUUUGGCAAAUAAGGAACAAUUUGUUGAUGUGAGGACGCUUCAAGGACAAAUGCGAAUGGAAGAUGCCACUGGUGUACAUGGUGGCUCGAUCGUUUGGCAGUCUAAAAGUCAUGUGCGUGGACAUCUCAUCCGAGCUUUUUUAGUUCUUGCUAGAGCAAUCAACGAGGGUCACUUCAAUGUCAACACCGUAUCGACAGUAUCGCUGAAGAUUGAAAGCAAUUGGAAAGUCUGUUGCAAUCGAGUCAAGUUGGAUAUGAGCGAUUCAAUCUACUUGGUUGAUGUUCUGAAAAACAUUCAACGCAGCUUCAAGCGUCGUCACUGCAUGCACUACCGUUUGAGGUUCAAGUCUCAUGUGGCAAGUUACUUGAAUCAGUUGCAAGAGAUUCAAAACACCAAGUCAUUCGAUUCGCCUCUUCGCACCACAACGGAACAAAUCGACGAGAUUCUUCGCAAACUGAAACCAAUCUUUCGUAAUUCUCCUCAAAGUCGUGAUCAGUUGCCGACUCUCUUCCUCAACCUUUACCUUCAAUUUCAUCAACGCGGCUUCGUCUACAAUCUCUCUUUAUGUCUAACAUUCGGUCUUCUUUCUACUACACAAAUCAUUGGUUUCAUCGUUUUGCUUUUCGAGCGUCCACUUUAUGAGCAAAAUUUUCCCAUACAAGCAUUGGCUGUGAUGGCGAAGACUGCACUACUCACCGCAUCCGAUCGAUCCGACAAGCACAAGGAUGAUUUGAAAACACUCGGCCAUCAGUGUAAUGGAAAACGGCUUCCAGAAUCCGCUCAAAUCGGCAAAGAGCCUUCAAGAGCUUGGGCUCUCUUCUCAAUGAAACUACUUGCAAGUUAUAGA